AUGACUCGGCGCCGGCCGCCGUUGCCGCCCGCGCCGCUCGCUAAUGUGUUCAUUCAUCGUCCCGACACUAUUAUUAUUUGCUGCCAGAGAUGGUUUUGUUCGCAUUCCGACAAUCGAUUUGACGACAUUAGGGUGCUGGCCAAUGUCAAGGUUGCACUUGAUAUGCGACCGCCCCCGAUCCAUCGACAGGCGUCCGCGAUAAGGGCGAGGUCACGGUUAUCAAUGGCGGCAUCUCCAUACGCGCUCGCCGGCCACGACAUCUCGCGCCCAUUCACUAUAAAGACGCCCCCGCUCCCGCCGCCCCAGCCCACCUCGCACCCUCCG